AUGCAACAGUGGCAUAGGGCCAAGCUAUCUUGCUACGAUAACUGCCCCAACGAUUUGGGAAUGGCGUUAGUUAAGGGAUCAAAAGAUACCUUUUGCUCAAUUGCACAAACAUACAAUACAACUGCUAGCAGCAGUGUGGUUGCUCUUUCAAUUGCUCCUGCAACCACUAUUUCCGGCAGCUCUGCCACUGUAGCAUUUCCUUCCUCGUCUUCCUCUACCACUGCAUCUUCAUCCUCUACAUCCAAUCAUCGUUACAUUGGCCAGGGCUUGAUGUUUGCUGCAGGUGUAACCGCUUAUUUCCUGAUCUAA